AUGGUAAUAGUGCGAUGUGCACUAUACCUUAUAGUUGUUUGGAGCGCAACUGGCGCGGGGGCUGCUCGAUCCUGGAGUCGACACUUCGGCACCGAAAUCCAUUUGCUUAGCAGCAGCAAAAACGCAGUCUUCGAUCGACGAACUCGACGCCUCGUUGAUACAAUUGAACAAAAAUUAACACUUAAUGGACGCUUAGUGAUACUGCUUUGCGCCCGGCGUUGCUAUCCGGCUCAGUCAGAGAUUCCACGAUGGAUUCGCGAAUUUUCGGAUCAGCACAACAUGACUGCACUUGGCGAGCAGUUCACCUAUCAGUUUUAUGACAAUCGACGGAGCAGCGCUCUUUUCAAUGAUGUCGCCAUUCGAAACAGCUCCCAGGCGCACCUUGUGUACGUCGUCGAUGGUCGUCUGUUUCGAUACAACGGCAACCUCAGCAACAAAGAGGAAUUUCUGUCGUUUUUGAGAGCGCAUGAAGCGGGUGGAACCGAGAUUAUCAGCAACUGGCAGCAGCUAGAGACAGUGAUUAGCAAUGCACAGUGCCCGAUGCCUCACUAUCAAUUGGUUGUUCGGGCAUUCGAUGGUGUUGCUAACUAUAGCUUCUUCGAAAUGAUAGCACCACUGCCGAUGGAUAUGUAUAUCGAAUUGUACACACGACUGCCUGAACUGCCAUUUGUUUGUCAAUUGAUUUUGCUACUACAGAAUAACGGAUAUGUCUGGAUAUCUGCAGAUGCUGAUGUCCACGAGGUAACGACAUUCAGUUCUGCUGUUGAUGAAGAUCUGAUCAUAGAAGUGGAAAGUCUGGAAAAUGCAGGAUGUACAGAAAGCUCUUCUGCGAGCUGGUAUCCAAUCCGGUCAGAGUUGACAAUGCUGGAACGGGAUUACCUUCGUGAGCAUGAGCAGUCAUCAGCACUGGAGUCGGAGCCAAGUUACAUAUUAGUUGGCGCAACUGGAGGGAUUGCUGUUGUUGCUCUUGCAAUAAGCAUCUUUUGGGGCCUAAAUGGUUCCACGUUCGCAAGACAGUAA